AUGGAUUCACUGGCUGGUCCGUACCUCAACAAGAAGGCCCUCUGCUCACCUCUGGGAGCUGCCCGCCUCUGCCAGUUGGCCUUGGGCUGUGCUGUGAUCGCCAUGGUAGUCCACAGCGCCGGGUACAGUGGGUCACACGGUGUGUUCUGCAUGGCGGCCUGGUGCUUCUGCUUCGCCAUGACGGUGGUGGUGUUCUUUCUGGAUGCUACCCGUCUCCACAGCUGCCUCCCAGUAUCCUGGGACAACCUGACGGUCACGUGUGCGGCCUUCGCCACACUCAUGUAUGUUACAGCCUCCGUGGUCUACCCUCUCUUCUUUGUUCGGAUCGAGUGUCCCUACGCCGGCUGCGAAGUCCGAGAUUUCCGCAUCGCCGUCACCGUCUGCUCCAUCAUGGCCACUCUGGCCUACGGGGCCGAGGUGGCUCUGUGCCGGGCCAGGCCGGGCCAGGCUGUCGUGGGCUACAUGGCCACCGUCUCGGGCCUCCUCAAAGUCGUGCAGGGUUUCGUUACCUGCAUCAUCUUCGGAGCCCUGGCCAACGGGAGCGAGUAUUCCCGUUACGGUGCCACGAUCUACUGCGUCGUGGUCUACGCUUUCUGCUUCACUCUGACUGCUCUGGUGGUCAUAAUGACCGUGUGCGGCCGGACCAAAGCUGUGCGCUGCAUGCCCUUUGACCGCUUUACAGUGGUGUGCACCCUCCUGGAGGUUCUGCUCUACCUGAGUGCGUCAGUGGUGUGGCCCGUGUUCUGCUUUGACACGAAAUACGGGUCGCCAUGGAGACCGUCCUCAUGUCCCCGGGGGAAGUGCACGUGGGACAGCAAGGUUGUGGUGGCUGUGUUCUCUUUCGUCAACUUUGUUCUGUACCUGGUGGACCUGAUCUACUCCCAGAGGACCAAAUUUGUCUCCUCACAUAGGCCCACUUUCUCACGGGCGUAG